UCUUCCCCCCCCUCUAACGGAGGGGAAUUCAUCGAGGGGCUGCAUUGCAGACCCAGACACGCAGCAGACAAAAGGGAAGCGGUGACGCCUGCAGCUCCCCGGCACAAAGAGCUGGUCCAGCAGCGAGCCCACCCCUCCAUCCUCGGCAGCCCGAAGAUGCUGGACACCAUCAGCAGCCAGUACGAUUCCUUCAUCUACUGGAGGAUGCCGAUCCCACAGCUGGACGUGGCGGAGCUGGAGGGUCUGGGGCUCAGUGACGUGGCCCUCUACAAACCCAAAGGAGGGCUGGGCAAGCUCGUCGGCGAGCAGGAUGAGGCCCGCCAGGACAUCUCCCAGGAAGAGGACGGUCUGCUGCAGUUCAACAGCUUUAACUUCUGGAGAGCUCCUAUCGCCAGCAUUAGCUCUUUAGAUUUCGACCUCAUUUGAAGCCUUCCCCCCUCCUCACCCCCCCCCUGGCCCUCUCCCUCUCUGCUAGGGCUAUGUCAGGAUUCGGUUUUUGGUGUCGGUUUGGAGCUGGGGUUUUUGUGUUGUCGCCAGGCAGCGUCUGACACCGUCGGUUAACGUUCAUGAAAUGGUUCACCCUGGCCCUGACAGAAAUGAGCUCCCCUCAAAGCUUCAACCCUUCUCCCUCUGCC